GACGUAACUUGAGUGUCUGCCGCGGCCCUAACAGCUAGCUAGCCUAGACAAAGCUCCAAGGUACCUUAGGCGACGAUCAAUAACUUGAAGCUGCUCGCCUCCUUCCGUCUUGUUUUCAUGCCAUGCCCAGCCGCUGUAAUUACUGCCAAUAAUGACAGAAGGAUCGCCCGACCUGGGCGAUGACAGGCGUCGCGAGAAUGACGAACCUGAAUCUGAAUCCAGCGCCGAGCUCGUCAAGAUCGAACCGCGGCCGGUGGAAGACAUGGACGAGCACAAGACGGACGACGAGAGUGAAGACAUGGCAGACGAGGGAGAGGAGGUAGCUGAAGAGGAUGGUGACGAGGAUGACGAAGAUGAUGAAGAUGACGAGCCAAAGCUGAAAUAUGCUCGACUCACCCAGCACCUGAGUUCCCUCUAUAAAAAUGCCGACAUGACGAGCGCCUUUCUUGUCGCCGGUGACAAGAUGGUCAUAGGAACGCACAACGGCAACAUCAAUGUUAUACAACUGCCAAUGUUCCAGUCACUGCGAGUCUACCAUGCCCACUCGACAUCCGUCACGAGCAUAUCCAUUUCCCCGUACCCGCCACCGCUCCCGCCCACGACUUGGAAGUCCGAGACUACAACCCGAGCAGCAUCUAUCACUGGGAACCGUGGACGAGCAUCAUCGAACUAUUCUGAACUGUCUAAAGCCCGAGCUAGCGAUCAGCGGAGAGCACGAGAGCCGCCGCAACUUCCUAAUAUCCCUUCGAACAACAUCCAUAUUGCAACCUCUUCAAUGGACGGCAAUGUAUGCGUCCAGUCCCUUAUUGAUGUGAAGGACGUUUCAUUGCGGAAUUUCGCCCGUCCGGUGCAAGCUGUCGCUUUGUCGCCCGACUACAAAAAUGACAAAACUUAUCUUUCAGGUGGGAUGGCCGGAGAUCUCGUCUUGACCGUUGGCCCUCCACCCGGGAAAAGUACGUCCACAACAACCGGCACGGCUGCUGCCGCCGCUGCUGGGUGGCUGGGGUCAAUGGGGCUAGGAUCAAAUACUGGCAAGGACACAGUGCUGCACUCAGGAGAGGGUACGAUCAACACGAUCAAGUGGUCUUUGUCAGGGAAAUUUGUCGUGUGGCUCAAUGAGCACGGCAUCAAGAUCAUGCGGACCAAACUUCAUCUAGAAAAUUCGGAAGUCGAAGACGCUUGGAAGAGGAUAGGGCAUAUUGAUAGACCGCAGACGGAUGAGUGGGAAGAAAUGGCCGGUGUCUGGAAAGGGCGAGCUGAAUGGAUUGAUGAGCAGGCCAUCGAGCGGGAUGAAGAUGCAAAGGAGCCCGAAUCUGCCGCAACUACGGCAUCGCCAGCCGCAACUAAACUCAAACAAAUGGCAACGAACAGCGAGAAGAAGGUAGAACGGCUGAUAGUAGGUUGGGGAGGCACCAUAUGGAUCAUCCACGUCCAACCAGGCGGUAUUGGGGUUGGAAAGAAUGCUGGCGAGAAGUCUCUUGGAAAGGCGGAGAUAGCCAAGAAGCUUCGAAUGGACUGUAUUAUUUCUGGUAUUUCGCUAUACACCCAAAAUCUGCUUUUAGUUCUGGCAUUCUGCAAACCAGACGAGGAAGAUAAAGACGAAGAUGGCAUCAAGAAACAUGCCAAGGGACAUAAAUCGGAGCUUUCUACUGCAUCAACGGGAAGUGAGCCAUCAGGCGGCCUAAGACGUCGCCAGAAUGCUCAGGCACCCGAGCUGAGGUUGAUUGACUUAACUUCACAAGCUGAAAUUGACAAGGACAGUCUGACGGUCAGCCGCUUCGAGCGUUUAUCAUCAAAUGACUAUCACAUCGGAGUGUUACCAGCCAACAAUGCUGCGUCGGUAGUUGCAUCUCGAGGCGUGUUGGAUGCAAUGGCUGGUCUCGGGACUGGCAUGUGGAAUGCGGCCAUUAAUCCAAGAACACUGUUCAAUUCCGGUGCCAGUAUUAAGAGCAAAGACAGCAACGACGACGCGUCUAGUAUCAAGGUCGCCAGCACUGCCGGGAGCAUUCGCAUUGGGCCACGAUCAGGGCCGCAGACAGUGCAUCCCAAUCUUGUCAAACCUGGUGCUAAGAUAUUUAUCCACAGUCCGUAUGACUGCAUACUCGCCACGAAAAGGGACCUUGGAGAUCAUCUUGGGUGGUUGAUGGAGCGUCAGAGAUUCGAGGAUGCUUGGAAUCUCCUGGAUGAGCACCCGGAGAUCAUGUCUGCUUCUCCUGAGAAGCUCCCAGAUGCCAUGCCCUCAAGCCCAGACAAGCAGUCGUCGCAACCGAGUAGUGAUGACUUCUAUGAGGAUACUGCGUCCGUGAUCGAUUAUCAAUUCCGGUCUCAGAAUUCAUCAGCAGAGAAUGAGAAACGACGAAUUGGCGAACAAUGGAUUCAGGAGCUUGUGGAAGGCGGAAACUGGAGCCGUGCCGCUGAGGUUGCGGCAAAGGUGCUCAAUACCUCCGACCGCUGGGAGAAGUGGAUAUACACAUUCGCCGGCGCCCAAAAUUUCGAUGAAAUUGUUGAUUACAUGCCAACGGAGCCUAUGCGCCCGCCAAUUCCCGGAACUGUGUACGAGGUCAUUCUCGGACACUACAUUCAGAACGAUAGGCCACGCUUUAAAGAAUUGCUGGAUCGUUGGGACACCGAGCUCUUUGAUAUCCACACUAUCGUCACUGCACUUGAGAACCUUCUCAAGUACCGAGAUGUGCGAGAGGACAGUGUCGAAGACGGUGAGAAGGGGCGUGACUGGCGCAUCGUGAUGGAAUCUCUUGCGAACCUCCACGAAGCCAAUGGCCAUUACAGAGACGCCUUGAAGUGUUACAUUAAGCUCCAAGAUGCAGACUCUACGAUGCGGUUGAUUAGGGAUAAUCACCUCGCGGAUGCAGUCACAGACGACGUGCCCAGCUUCAUCGCACUUAGGGUCCCGGAUGCUCAGCUGUCCAAGAUGACGAUCCCGGAACUCGACGAGGCCACAUCAGAGGCCAUUACACUACUGGUUGAUGAAGGCCAGCGCGGCCUCAUCAAACCCGACACUGUGGUUCGGCAACUAGAAAAGAAGGACAUGAAUCUGUAUUUGUACUUCUACCUCCGUGGGCUCUGGAAUGCGUACCGCGAGCGACCCAUGGACGAGUCCGUGUCACUUGUCGAUGACUUCGCCGACCUGGCUGUUCGCCUCUUCGCCAUGUUCGACCGCGAUCUUUUGAUGAACUUCUUCAAAAACUCUACCAGCUACACCUUGGAGAAAGCAGCACAAGAAUGCGAGAGCCGAAACUACGUACCUGAACUCGUGCAUCUCUACUCGAAAACUGGCGAGGUGAAACGUGCCUUGUAUCUCAUCAUCGACCGCCUAGGUGAUGUGUCACAAGCUAUCUCUUUUGCCAAAGAGCAAGACGAUCCGGAUCUGUGGAAAGACUUAUUGGACUAUAGUAUGGACAAACCGCGAUUCAUUCGCGGGCUGUUGGAAGAAGUAGGGACGGCUAUUGAUCCCAUCACACUCGUGAGGCGGAUACCGGAAGGUCUUGAGAUACCUGGCCUCAGGGAAGGGCUGAAGCACAUCAUGAAGGAGCACGAAAUCCAGUACUCUAUUUCCAACGGGGUCGCCAAGGUGUUGAGAAGCGAAGUGGGCGCAGCUCAAAAUAUGCUGCGAAUGGGUCAGCACAAAGGCAUCAAAUUCGAAGUCAAGUUCAAAGACCAAGCCCACGUCGACAUCGAAGUACAAGAUGUUGCGACACUCGCCACCGGGCCGCUGGCUUCCCCGAAUGCCAGCGGCACACAGACGCCCACGGCACCAGAGGUCAUGGACCCAACGGCUGCACACACCGUGACGGGCGGCGGCUUACACGGCGGCGCCAGACAGCAGCCUGAACACGACCACCGGCCGCCGCAGCCGGGGCACUGCGCGCGAUGUCACGAACCAUUUACCGAGUGGGAAAUGGAGACACUCGUUGGGUUCGCUUGCGGGCAUGUGUUCCACAUCUCGCAUUUGCUUGAGUUUCUUUAUCCAGACCAGAAACCGGACCCGGUCAUUGUAGACUACUGGGAUGGAAAUGAGGAUCGUACGAGAGGCGGGCGUUUUGUCAGGAGGAAGGUCACACAUGCGAGGCUGCUGCGAGACAAGGUCGCCGCGGGGUGUCCUGUGUGUCGGGCACGGAUGGAGUUGGUUGAAGGAGGUGCAUAGAAAGGAGAGAUGUACAAAUAUAUGGGUUAAGUGGCUCAAGUCGUUCGAAGCAUUUGGGCGGCGUUCAAGGAGUAGUAAUGGAGCGGUACGGCAUUUGUUGAAACUUCGCCCUUACGAAGAGUUCAUUUUCGUUUAGGAUAGACUUUCAACCAAGUUUGUACAUAUGAUUACUCAUAACUCCAAGUCAAUUGCCAUUCAUUGCUAAUCUCUCCUGUGGUUGGGUGUUCAUCAGGAAUGUUUGAGGUCGUCCUGUAAACAGAGUCGUGGAUGAGUGA